AUGGAAUACAUUUCUAAUUGUUCAGAGAACCCAGUUGAAAUCUCAGAGAAUUGUUGCAUUAAUAUGUACAACAAUUUUUCGUUUGAUCUGACUCACAAUUUUGUGUUUCCAACUACCAUCACUAAAAUUAGAAAUCACAACAUUUGGUAUGGAUGUAAUGGAAAUUUUGUGGUGCCAAGUACUGUAGUCGAAAUAGGUAAGAACGCGUUCAAUUCUUCAAUAUAUCUCGAAGAACUUGUAAUACCACGUAGUGUCACCAAAAUAGGAAAUGGAUUUGUUAGUGGGUGUAGUUUAUUAACAAAUAUAAUAUUUGAAAACGGCACUUCGUUUGAUUUUAAAAGCAUCACAGCAAGUGACGAUAUUAUUGUGCAAAAGUUAACAGAAGACAAAACACUGACCAAAUUAAUGAUACCAAAUGGAGUGACUCAUAUACGAAAUUAUGUUUCAGAACUUGCCGAUUUAAAGGAACUUUCAUUGCCUUCGACACUUGAAAAAGCAGACAAAUACUUGUUUCGUAAUAACAAGAAUUUGACCAAAAUUGAUACAAAUGGAGUAGACAAUAACAUUUUUGUGGUGAGCUACGAGUGUCAUUUACGGCUGAAAGCACUUGGGUAUCUAUUUAAUAACAUUAAAUUGACGCAAGAUGAUAUAAAAAAUUUUGGGUACAUUUGGGAUUCUAAAUUAUGUUGGCAAGACGAGAGAGUUGUUGAGCUUGAAAUGAGUAAAAUGAAUGUAACACGUACUAUUGACACUUCAAUCGAUAGCCACCUUAGAUACUUAAAAUACAUAGAAACUGAAGAUAUGUGUGUAUAUUACCACGAGUGUAUAAGAAUGAGUAACUGUGACAAAUUACUAUCGAGUAUGUUUGUAAAUUGGAUCUUCCUUACAAGUGUCAAGUUACCAAGUAAUGUAGUUAAAAUACCAUAUGGCUUGUUACAAAAUUGGCGAGUACU